AUGUUCUUUCCUGAUUGGCGCUCUUCAAGUAUUGCUUGUGCUAUAUUUUCAAUGCCUGCAUUAGUUAUUAUAAUAUUUUUAAUGCCCGAAAGUCCAACAUGGCUUCAUAGUAAGGGUCGUCUUGAACAAAUGCGAAUAAAUGAAAGAAAAAUUGCUCGGUUAGCAGGUCUUCCACCGACAAUUAAAUUGCUUGAACAUGAAAAAUUAUCUCCAAACGAAAAUUCAUUUUGGAAUUUAAUCAAAGAUAAAACUCUUUUGAGACGUGUUUCUGUUCUUUGGGUUAUGUGGCAAAGCCUUCUUUCGUCGAUAUGUGCAAUCUCUAAAAUAUGCCUUGUUAUAGUUGAUACUGUAUUUCCAAAAUUUUCUCGGCGUAAUCUCCAUCAAGGGGCACAACUUGUAGUAAUUAUAUCUGCAUCACUUCUAGUCUUCUUCGUUUUUUAUGAUUAUGAUGGAAUUGGAAUUCUUUUGGCUAAUUUAAUUGGAAUAACUUUCAUUGAAUUAACUUGGUUGUUAUUUAUGUUUAAUAACGUUCUACAACCAACUCUGGAUAAGGAACCACGGCCCGAGGGUUAA